AUGUAUUCGACAAAGCAGAAAGUGAGCGAUGCCGCCGCCGUAGCCAAAGAGCACGUUGACAUCCUUAAAGCCAAAGCUCAAGAGAAGGCGGAGAAAGCGGUGGCUCGGAGCACGGAAGAGAAAGAGGUGGCACACGAGGUUCGGAAGGCCAAGGAAGCCGAAGCCAAGAUGAAAAUGCACCAAACCAAAGCCCAAAAUGCCCAAGACAAGUUGUAUGGCAAGCAUCACGGCUUGCACGGCCAACCCCACCACCAGCCAGUCGGGGCCGCCUUUCCGGCGACUGGUGGGGUGGCUCCGGCGUAUCCGCCCACCGAUCCAACUUUGAAGUAA